UUUCUUUUUGUCUUACUCAUAGAUUAAAUGCCCAAAAUGCCGCUAAAAAAACUUUCAAACUUUUCUAUUUUGCUUUAUCAAUUCCUGAAUUUAAAUUACAAUCCUUAAAAGUUAAAACUCCAUUCCAGAACGCUUAUAUAACCAGCAAUACACUCCCCAACGCCAAUUACCUUACCUGAGAUUUUUACCUGGCCUCACCUGACUUGAAUAUAGUGACGUCGCUUCGCUACAAUGGUGCGCAGGUAAUUAAAGGUAACAGCACUUGGUCUCAGUGAGUGUGCGGCUGAAAAGAGACGUGACUGACCUCUAAAAAGUGUUUUCGAAAAAAAAAAAAAAAGUGUCACAAUAGGAACUUUAAAGUGUCCAGAAACAUGUUCAAUUCAAUAAGGAUUUAAUUAAGUGCAACUUAUUCAUAAAACUAAACAUUAUAUCAGAGGACUUCUAUAUGUUAAGGCUGCCACAAAAUGGUUAUCGUGACACGGGGUGACUACAUCUGGAUCGAACCCGUGGCCAAUGGAGAAUUUGAAGGAGCAAUCGGAGCCAGAGUCCUGCAAUCCGAAGGACGGCGAAUCUACGUUCAAGAUGAUGACGGACGCGAAUACUGGCUGGCGUCUGAAAGACGGAUCAAAGCGAUGCACGCCACAUCGGCACAAGGCGUCGAAGACAUGAUCGGUUUGGGAGAUCUUCACGAAGCUGGAAUAUUGAGGAAUUUGCUGAUCCGGUACAAUGAUAAUCUUAUUUAUACAUACACUGGUUCAAUUCUGGUUGCAGUCAACCCCUAUCAAAUUUUACCGAUUUACACAGCCGAACAAAUAAAAUUGUACAAGGAACGAAAAAUCGGCGAGCUGCCGCCGCACAUUUUCGCCAUCGGAGAUAAUUCCUACGGAAAUAUGAGAAGAUAUGGCCAAGACCAGUGCAUAGUCAUCUCAGGGGAAUCGGGUGCUGGUAAAACCGAAAGCACAAAAUUAAUAUUACAAUAUUUGGCCGCUAUCAGCGGCAAACAUUCCUGGAUAGAACAACAAAUAUUGGAAGCGAAUCCUAUAUUGGAAGCUUUUGGCAAUGCCAAAACUGUUCGUAACGAUAACAGUUCAAGAUUCGGCAAAUACAUUGAUAUACAUUUCAACGCAAAUGGCGUAAUCGAAGGGGCAAAAAUCGAACAAUACUUAUUGGAAAAAAGUAGGAUAGUGUCUCAGAAUCAAGAAGAGAGGAACUAUCACGUAUUUUAUUGCCUGUUAGCUGGUUUGAGUAGGGACGAAAAACGUAAAUUGGAUUUGGGCGAUGCUAGUCAAUAUAGGUAUCUAACUGGGGGUGGUAGUAUAACAUGUGAAGGCAGAGACGACGCCGCCGAGUUCGCCGAUAUAAGAAGCGCCAUGAAAGUCUUACUAUUUUCCGAUCAAGAAAUAUGGGAAAUAAUGAAACUGUUGGCUGCUCUUUUGCACAUAGGAAACAUCAAAUACAAGGCCACCGUUGUCGACAAUUUGGAUGCUACUGAAAUUCCAGAUCCGACCAACGUACAUAGAGUUGCAAAUUUAUUAUGUGUUCCAGUCCAGCCUCUAAUUAACGCCCUGACACGUAAAACCCUAUUCGCUCACGGUGAAACGGUAGUCUCUACACUAUCCAGAGACCAAAGUGUAGACGUCAGAGACGCUUUCGUCAAAGGCAUCUACGGCCGUCUCUUCGUAUUUAUAGUAAAGAAAAUCAAUUCGGCCAUUUACCGACCCAAAGAACGUCAGCGGAGCUCUAUCGGCGUCCUAGAUAUUUUUGGUUUCGAGAAUUUCAAUCACAACAGCUUCGAGCAGUUUUGCAUAAAUUACGCCAACGAAAAUUUACAGCAGUUUUUCGUCCGGCAUAUUUUUAAGUUGGAACAAGAAGAGUACAAUUUGGAGGGAAUCAAUUGGCAACAUAUCGAGUUUGUGGACAAUCAAGACGCUCUGGAUCUGAUUGCGAUUAAGCAACUGAACAUUAUGGCUCUUAUUGAUGAGGAAAGUAAGUUUCCUAAAGGCACUGAUCAAACAAUGUUGGCCAAGUUGCACAAACAACAUGGCUCUCAUAAGAAUUACUUGAAACCAAAAUCUGAUAUAAAUACAAGUUUUGGCCUGAAUCAUUUCGCUGGGGUUGUAUUUUACGAUACAAGAAGUUUCUUGGAAAAAAAUCGUGAUACAUUCAGCGGUGAUUUACUACAAUUAGUCGCCAUCAGUGGCAAUAAAUUCUUGCAGCAACUUUUUCACGAAGAAAUCGGUAUGGGAUCUGACACAAGAAAACGCACUCCCACUUUAUCGACACAAUUCAAGCGCUCACUGGACUCUUUGAUGAAAACUUUAGCAAACUGUCAACCGUUUUUCAUAAGAUGCAUCAAACCCAACGAACUGAAAAGGCCCAUGGAUUUUGAUAGGACUUUGUGCUGCAGACAGUUGAGGUAUUCCGGAAUGAUGGAGACCAUUCGGAUACGUCGAGCCGGAUAUCCGAUCAGGCAUACUUUCCACGAGUUUGUCGAUCGGUAUAGGUUUUUAAUAUCUGGAGUUCCGCCGGCGCAUAAGGCCGAUUGUAAGGCUGCUACUUCUCGAAUUUGUCAAAUUGUUUUAGGAAGAUCUGACUACCAACUAGGCAACACAAAAGUAUUUCUCAAAGACGCUCACGAUUUGUUUUUGGAACAAGAACGAGACAGAGUCCUCACCAAAAAAAUUCUAGUUUUACAAAGAAACAUCAAAGGUUGGGUUUAUCGUAGAAGAUUCUUACGGAUGAGAGCGGCCGCGAUAAUAAUACAAAAAUACUGGAAAGGCUACAUUCAGAGACAACGAUAUAGAAAAAUGAAAGUCGGAUACAUGAGACUUCAGGCCCUGAUUAGGGCUAGGGUUUUGUCUCACAGGUUUAGGCAUUUACGAGGACAUAUUGUAGGACUUCAAGCUCACGCUAGAGGUUUUUUGGUAAGACGAGAAUACGGUCACAAAAUGUGGGCAAUAAUUAAAAUCCAGUCACACGUAAGAAGAAUGAUAGCACAAAGAAGAUACAUAAAAUCCAAAUUCGAACACAAAAAGCACGUGGAAGCUUUAAAAUUAAAGCAAAAAGAAGAAAGACAGCUCAAAGAUGCUGGUAAUAAACGUGCAAAGGAAAUUGCAGAACAACACUACAGAGAUAGAUUGUAUGAACUUGAAAGAAAAGAAAUCGAGUUGGAACUAGAGCAAAGAAAAAGAGUCGAAAUCAAAAAGAAUCUCAUCAACGAUGCCGCUAGGAAAGCUGACGAACCUGUGGACGACUCCAAAUUAGUAGAAGCAAUGUUUGAUUUCUUGCCUGAUAGUUCUAGUGAAGCUCCUGGACCUGGCCGAGAAACUUCAGUUUUCAACGACCUCCCGGCUCAAACAAACGAAAACGAAAUAAUCAGCCCAAUGCAAACUGUAUCAGACGACGAAGAAGAUUUGAGUGAAUUUAAAUUCCAAAAAUUCGCUGCUACUUAUUUCCAAGGAAACGUGGGACAUCAAUAUUCGAGAAAACCUCUCAAACAUCCUCUAUUACCUUUGCACACUCAAGGAGAUCAACUUGCAGCUCAAGCACUUUGGAUCACCAUACUUCGUUUCACUGGUGAUUUACCUGAACCAAGAUAUCACACAAUGGAACGUGAUACUACAUCAGUUAUGUCCAAGGUUACAGCUACUUUAGGCAGGAAUUUUAUUAAAAGCAAAGAAUUUCAAGAAGCUCAACUUAUGGGAUUGGAUCCGGACUCUUUUACUAAUAAACAACAAAAACCCAGAUCCAUAAGAAACAAACUUGUAUCAUUGACUUUGAAGCGUAAAAAUAAACUUGGAGAAGAUGUCAGAAGGAAGUUGCAAGACGAAGAAUAUACGGCAGAUAGUUAUCAAUCUUGGCUGGAAUCAAGGCCUACAAGUAAUUUGGAAAAGUUGCAUUUUAUUAUUGGACAUGGUAUUUUGCGGGCCGAGCUUAGAGACGAAAUUUACUGCCAGAUUUGUAAGCAAUUAUCAAAUAAUCCAUCAAAAUCUUCACAUGCAAGAGGUUGGAUUCUACUAUCUCUUUGUGUUGGUUGUUUUGCUCCAUCGGAAAAAUUCGUCAACUAUCUGAGAGCUUUCAUCCGCGAAGGUCCUCCAGGUUAUGCGCCGUAUUGCGAAGACAGACUAAAAAGGACUUUCAACAAUGGCACCAGAAAUCAACCUCCUAGUUGGCUAGAACUGCAAGCCACCAAAUCUAAAAAACCCAUAAUGCUGCCUAUAACUUUCAUGGACGGCAACACCAAGACUUUACUAGCUGACUCAGCGACUACAGCCAGGGAAUUGUGCAAUCAACUAUCGGACAAAAUCGGCCUAAAGGAUCAGUUUGGAUUUUCGCUUUAUAUUGCGUUGUUCGAUAAAGUUUCUUCGCUGGGAAGUGGGGGUGAUCAUGUGAUGGACGCUAUUUCGCAGUGCGAGCAAUACGCUAAGGAACAAGGAGCUCAAGAGAGAAAUGCUCCGUGGAGGCUGUUCUUUAGGAAGGAGAUUUUUGCGCCGUGGCAUGAACCCACUGAAGAUCAAGUGGCUACCAAUUUGAUUUAUCAGCAAGUUGUUAGAGGAGUCAAAUUUGGAGAGUACAGGUGUGACAAAGAAGAAGACCUAGCAAUGAUAGCGGCUCAACAAUACUACAUCGAAUACAGCACCGACAUGAACGUAGAACGCUUACUAACUCUCUUGCCCAAUUACAUCCCAGAUUAUUGCCUAACGGGCGUCGAAAAAGCUGUAGACCGUUGGGCGGCCCUUGUAGUCCAAGCCUACAAGAAAAGUUACUACAUAAAAGAAAAAGUCAACAUUUUACGUGUCAAAGAAGACGUUGUCAGCUAUGCAAAGUUCAAGUGGCCACUACUAUUUUCCAGAUUUUAUGAAGCUUACAGGAAUUCUGGGCCUAAUUUGCCUAAAAACGACGUUAUCAUUGCAGUUAAUUGGACCGGGGUGUAUGUUGUGGACGAUCAAGAGCAAGUGCUUUUAGAAUUGUCGUUUCCCGAAAUUACAAUGGUAUCUAGUCAGAAAACGAAUAAAGUAUUUACGCAGACUUUUAGUUUGAAUACUGUUAGAGGAGAGGAGUUUACGUUUCAAAGCCCCAACGCCGAAGACAUAAGGGAUUUGGUCGUGUACUUUUUAGAGGGCCUCAAAAAACGUUCCAAAUACGUUAUAGCUUUGCAAGACUAUAAAGCACCUGGAGAAGGCUCUAGCUUUUUGACUUUUCUGAAAGGAGAUUUGAUUAUAUUGGAAGAAGACAGUACUGGAGAAACUGUAUUGAAUUCUGGUUGGUGUGUUGGCAGAUGUGAAAGAACUCAAGAAAAGGGUGAUUUUCCUGCUGAAACUGUUUAUGUUUUGCCUUGCAUGAGCAAACCGCCUGCUGAUAUUUUGCAGCUUUUUUCAGUUGAAGGUGUUAAUGAUCAUCAACGUCGCCUGAGUCAUCAUUCUUUAAAUGGCGUUGAAGCCAAAGAUAGGCCUCACAGUUUGGUAGAAUAUGCCAUGGAUCAUUUCAGGCCUCCAAUGAAAAGGACAGUUUCCAAGGCUCUUACUUUGAGUGGAGGUAGAAGAGGAAUUGUAGACGAAUUGUGGAGACAUUCUAGGGAUCCUAUCAAGCAGCCUUUGUUGAAGAAGUUGUUGAUGAAAGAGGAAUUGGCAGAAGAGGCAUGUUUCGCCUUCAGUGCAAUAUUAAAAUACAUGGGCGAUUUGCCAUCGAAGCGACCGAGAAUGGGAAACGAGUACACUGAUCACAUAUUUGAUGGCCCAUUGAAGCACGAAAUUCUAAGAGACGAAAUUUAUUGUCAAAUUAUGAAACAACUGACCGAUAACAGGAAUCGAAUGUCCGAGGAAAGGGGAUGGGAGUUAAUGUGGCUAGCAACAGGUUUGUUCACAUGCUCCCAAAGCCUCUUGAAAGAACUGACAGCCUUCCUGCGCAGCAGGAGGCAUCCGAUAUCCCAAGACUCUUUACAAAGACUGCAAAAAACGUUGAGAAAUGGACAAAGGAAGUAUCCUCCGCAUCAAGUGGAAGUAGAAGCAAUCCAGCACAAAACUACCCAAAUAUUUCACAAAGUCUACUUCCCUGACGAUACUGAUGAGGCUUUUGAAGUGGAUUCUAGUACGAGGGCUAAAGAUUUUUGCCAGAAUAUUAGUCAAAGGUUGAGUUUGAGAUCCAGCGAAGGCUUUAGUUUGUUUGUUAAGAUAGCGGACAAGGUGAUUUCGGUCCCAGAAGGCGAUUUCUUUUUCGAUUUCGUACGACAUUUAACAGAUUGGAUAAGAAAAGCUAGACCUUCUAGAGACGGCCUCACUCCAACGUUUUCUUAUCAAGUAUUUUUCAUGAAAAAACUAUGGACAAACACUGUACCGGGCAAGGACCGGAACGCCGACUUGAUAUUCCAUUUCCACCAGGAACUACCCAAACUAAUAAGAGGGUACCACAAGUGUACCAAAGAAGAGGCUAUCAAAUUAGCGGCAAUAGUUUACAGAGUACGUUUUGGAGAGAGCAAACAGGAGCUACAAAUGUUACCACAAAUGCUUAGAGAACUGAUUCCAGCUGAUUUGAUGAAAAUACAAUCGGCCAACGACUGGAAACGUUCCAUCGUGGCGGCGUACAACCAAGACGCCGGAAUGUCUCCUGACGACGCAAAAAUAGGAUUUUUGAAAGUCGUUUACAGGUGGCCCACUUUUGGAUCGGCGUUUUUCGAAGUCAAACAAACCACCGAUCCGAAUUAUCCUGAAAUGUUACUGAUUGCCAUUAAUAAGCACGGGGUCAGUUUGAUUCAUCCACAGACAAAGGACAUAUUGGUAACCCAUCCCUUCACGAGAAUAUCAAACUGGUCAUCAGGCAAUACCUAUUUCCACAUGACGAUUGGCAAUUUGGUCAGAGGAUCGAAAUUACUAUGCGAAACUUCGCUCGGCUACAAAAUGGACGAUUUACUUACAUCCUACAUUGCCUUGAUGCUCACAAAUAUGAACAAACAAAGAAGCUUAAGGAUAAAGUAGUAUGUUCUUAUUAAUUAUGUUUACCUCAAGUUUUAUUUUUUAUUUAUUUUUAUGUUUGGUUCUUUGUCAGUUAAUUGUUAAAUUUUAUUUAUGAUAAUUAUUUUAAAAUAUAAGUAUAUUUAUUGGUAGAAUCUCUGAUAUACAAAAAUGAUAGUAUUUGUCCAGAAUCUUAGAGUUGAUUGAGUAAUUUUUGCUCUGUAUUUAUUUUUAAAAUCGAACCUGAUUGAUGGUGAAUUUGAAUCUAUAUUUUCUAAAAUGUACGCUUCUUUAUUAAUUGUACUUAAUUUAUAUAAUAUACUGUAUUGUAAAUAUAAAUUUUACAUCACUGGAUUUUAGUGCAAUGUAUAUAUCGGACAACAAUAAAGAUAUUGC